CAGGCCGCUAGAAGGCGCUGGUCGAUAUAGUCCCUUCUCUCCGUGGUUAUGAAUGAUCUUGAGUUCAGAGUUGAAUGUUUGACAGAAAGCUAAAUAUGGAUUCCAUAUUUCAUGAGAAACAAGAGGGCUCUCUUUGCGCCCAACACUGUCUGAACAACCUCCUGCAGGGUGAGUAUUUCACUCCUGUGGAUCUGUCCUCCAUCGCUCAUCAGCUUGAUGAAGAGGAGAGGAUGAGGAUGGCAGAGGGAGGUAUGGCCAGUGAGGAGUAUAGGACCUUCUUACAGCAACCGUCUGGCAACAUGGACGACAGCGGAUUCUUUUCAAUUCAAGUAAUUAGCAAUGCACUGAGAGUCUGGGGCUUGGAGCUAAUCCUCUUCAACAGCCGGGAGUACCAGAGCCUGAUGAUUAAUCCCAUAAAUGAGAAAGCCUUCAUUUGCAACUACAAGGAGCACUGGUUUACUAUACGCAAACUAGGACAACAGUGGUUUAACCUGAAUUCACUGCUGACUGGACCAGAGUUGAUAUCAGACACCUAUCUAGCCCUUUUCCUUGCACAGUUACAACAAGAAGGUUAUUCCAUAUUUGUGAUCCGAGGAAACCUCCCUGAGUGUGAAGCAGAGCAGAUUUUAGGGAUCAUGAGGGUGCAUCAGCAGCAGCGACCAAAGCUUAUUGGAGAAGAUGAAGCCCAGACAAGUGCUGGCAGGUCGGCAGCUCAGAGCCAGGUGGAUAUGACCUUUGCUGUGGAGGACGAGGUUGUAGAUGAAGACGAAGAGCUGAAGAAAGCUCUGGCACUCAGCCGACAGGACAUAGACGUGGAAGAUGAAGAAGCUGAUCUCCGCAGAGCCAUACAGCUUAGCAUGCAAGGAGCAGUGAUGAGCAACAAGCCCUCUGAGUCUGAAAUGGGAAACGUGAAAUUGGCAAGCCAGGCAGCGGGGAGUUCUGCAGUAGGGCAAAGAGCAGGCCAGAAUGAGGCGCUCACAGCUGAAGAACUGCGAAAGAGGAGACAAGCCUAUUUUGAUCGGCAGCAGCAACAAGCUCAGUCGAACAUUCCUCAGCAACCGGACACAAAAUCAUCAGGUGGCUCAGGAUCAGUGAACACUGGCUCUGGAGAGGACCAACAACAAAAGCCCAGCCAGUGAAAGUGUGCACGGUUUGCCUAUGUUGUUUACCAGCUGCCAGGAUUGGCAACCCCGUACAGGGGAAGCUUUGCUCCUUGCUCUAACCUUUUGCACCUGCGAACAUAAGGACAGUCAGAAGGCUGACGCGUUUCCCCUGGUUAGUUCGCUGACGGGCAAUAGAGAAGAGAACAACGAUGAGGAAAAGGCAGCAGUUAGUCUAGUCUAACUCAGCGAGACACUGACGCUGGGAAAAGGGUGACCACAGAACCCACAAUGCAGUUUAUCCAAGUUUGCAUUUGCCUUUUUGCCAUGGCGCCUUCUAUUUCUAUUGUACACUGUUUUUUAUUCUUGUUUUUUUCCCCACAAGAGAUGAAAAACAAACAGUGUGUUUAUCUAUUUAGGGGGAAUACAUAUGGAGGGGAAUACAUAUGGAGGGGAUUGUUCUGUGAAAGCCAAUAGGACAGCAAACACACAGAUAAGAGGUUUGAUAGAUAAUAGUGUGACCCCCACUUUUACUUUGGACUUGUGUUUGUAGAACAUAAGAAGUAUUUCCAACUCCUGCCCCACCCAAACACCAGUUUAGCUCUGAAAUCACUUCUAGUACUGAAAUAUAUUUUAGCAAUCAGCACUAACAUGUGUCAGUCGUUUGUUCUUUCCUAAUCUUUACUUGUGAACAUCUAAGAGUAGUAUUCCAAAAACAACAUAUAACUGAUGUUGUGGCUUUGUUAUUACCCAUAAGUGUAUAAGUAGGCAUAAUCAAAUCUAAGAUUACACAGCUUUUCCAUUUAGGAUGGACAGUGCACAAAAAAACUAUAAAGCUAUUUGCUGAAUCUAAGAGGCUUUUGACUGAUGCAUAUUUUUCAUGUCUUGUCCAGAUUAAGUUGGCAUGUAACGCGGAACAAAAAAUAAACCUUUAAACAACAUUAAACUACUGCUGCUAAAUCAAAAAAUAUUUUUUCCAGCAAAUAUGAACACCAAAAAAACGAAAAACAGUUUGAGACGUCCAGUCCAGUCUAACUAGUUUAGGACUGCCUCUGUCGUUCCUCCUCAUCAGUAUUUGUCAUGAGCUGUUUAGGGAAAUUAAAAAACAUCUUUUUGAUGUACCUUCACAAGUGGUUGAUAGUUUAACCCUGUAAUUAGAUUUUAAUUUCACUGCUUAGACUUGUCUUCUAUUCCAAUAAUGCACUGAGGUGGCCAUUGGUUAAAUCUAUAGAAGCUAUUUUCGGAUUGAUGGCCUUCAGAAAUAACAGUAGUGAGGGGAGGGACAUCAUUUUUAUGAUUUUAAAACCCAAAGAUAGAACAAAACGUCACCGUGUAUUUGUUGCAUUUUUGUUUCUACAACAAUCUCUUCUUGCUUUCCCCCUUCUUUUUUUUUUAAAAGCAAAAGGAUGUUAAUUGAUUGAGCACAUAACUGCAUUAAAAAUGUUUGUUUACAGUUAUUUUGAUUGCUGGAACCAAUGACAGCAUGGAUAUAUCUUGGUGCCUCCAAAAAAGUAUUCAGUCUCAUACAAACUCAACUUUUUGUACUGGAUGACUUCUAAGAAAGAUCCAUGUUGUCCUUAUUGUUUUCAUUUCCUUUGGAUAUGUUAGGCCUUUUUUUCUAUUUAAAUGACACUUGUGAAAGUGCAUGAAAUGUUGGUUGUUGGGUGUUUAUCAUUACAUUGUUUUUCACUACAUUCUCACAAUAAGUACUCUUACAAAUCUUUUUUCUUAUAUUUCACAUGUUACCAUAGCACAUUCUUUGAUUUAAUGUAUUAGGUCUUGUUCCGGGAUUAAAGUGACAUUCACUCCUG